UUCUCCUUCUUCUUCACCUUCUCAAAUUUUCCCCUUUUCGCCAUUGUUUUCAAUCCUCAAUGUGAAGAAAAAUCAUCGCAAAAAUCGCCUUUUUUUUCAUUGAAUUUGAGUUGAAAGAAGCCAUCGUUUGUUGAAUAUACUUCAUUUUUUAAAAUUAUUUUUUUUCCCAAUUUUUUCAUCUAUUAAUCGCCAAAAUUGACAGCGUUUAUGCAAUGAAGGACGGAGAACAAAGGGUUUAUUGAUUUGUUGCGUAAUGUGCUGUGAAUCGAGAAGUGGGUUUUUUUUGAUUUGGUGGUUUUGACUCUCUCUCGAUGACAACUACCAAACGUGCUUAUAAGCUACAGGAAUUUGUAGCACAUUCUUUAAGUGUGAACUGCUUAAAGAUUGGGAGAAAAUCAUCCAGGGUUCUUGUAACUGGGGGAGAAGAUCACAAAGUUAAUCUCUGGUCCAUUGGCAAGCCUGAUGCCAUAUUGAGCUUAUCAGGUCAUUCAAGCGGAAUCGAUUCCGUUAGCUUUGAUUCUUCAGAAGUUCUGGUAGCUGCAGGAGCAGCCAGUGGUACUAUCAAGCUUUGGGAUCUAGAGGAAGCCAAAAUUGUUCGAACUCUCACUGGACAUAGAUCCAAUUGUAUAUCAUUGGACUUCCAUCCCUUUGGUGAGUUCUUUGCAUCUGGGUCUCUGGACACAAAUCUAAAGAUAUGGGAUAUUAGACGCAAAGGGUGCAUUCACACAUACAAAGGUCACACUCGAGGUGUCAAUACCAUCAGGUUCACGCCAGAUGGCCGUUGGGUUGUAUCUGGUGGAGAAGACAGUAGUGUAAAGAUAUGGGAUUUGACUGCAGGAAAGCUUUUACAUGAUUUCAAAUGUCAUGAAGGAAAAAUUCAGUGCAUAGACUUUCAUCCUCAUGAGUUCUUACUGGCUACAGGUUCUGCUGACAAGACAGUUAAAUUCUGGGACCUUGAAUCUUUUGAACUCAUAGGUUCUGCUGGACCUGAGACAACAGGAGUGCGUUCCAUGGCCUUUAAUACUGAUGGAAGAACCCUUCUUUGUGGAUUACAUGAGAAUUUGAAGGUUUUCUCAUGGGAACCAAUUAGGUAUCAUGAUACAGUAGAUGUUGGAUGGUCUACAUUGUCUGAUCUUAGUAUUCAUGAAGGAAAACUUCUUGGAUGUUCUUAUAAUCAAAGUUGUGUUGGAGUGUGGGUUGUCGAUAUUUCGUGUCUUGAACCAUACACAAUGAAUAGUUCUACACCAUCAAGUGGUCACUCAGCAGCAAAAUCCAAUUUAAGAGUGAAUCUAUCCACUUCGGCUGAGGAUGCUACAGAUGCAAGUUGUGAGGGACAAUUAAUUUCACAAAACUCCGAUCUUGUGAAAGAGACUAAGUCGUUCAGAAGACUUUCUUUGUCACAAAACAUGGUUCUUCAGAGGGAUUCUGCUGCUCUUACUACUAUCACAGAUACUCCUGGCACCACACAAAAAGUAAAUCUCAGUACUGGUCCAAAAGCACCUCCAUUCAGCUCAAGAGCAGUUCCUAAUACAACGGGUGUAAAGAGGAAUUCAGCAAAAACCCAGUCAACAGAAAAUGGCUCUAUUGUCAAUAAGUCAGAGAUUAUACCUGUUCUUGUCCCAAGAAAUAAUGAAAGAACAGAGCUCGCAUCUGAAUGCAGGAAAGGAGGAGUUGCAGGAAGGGAAAUGCCACAAAGAUUGCAGCCAAAAGUAUCUGAUUGGAAGUCUCCUACUACCAACGAAGACCUCGGGAUGCCAACUUCUGCAGCACAGUCUGAAGUUGAAGUACCUAAGGCUAUUGAAAGUAGUAGCCCUGCAGACAGGAACAAUUUUCCUUCUGUUAAAUGCUCAAUAUUUGAAACUGCUGCAACUGAUAGAAGUGUGAAUGAUGACAAGAAUUUAGUUUCCACAAAACUUGAUAUCAAUACAGCACAUGAGCCACUUUCCAGACACCAAAUUGAAAAUUAUGAAGCCCGUGGAAAUAUUCUUAAUAGGAAACCUUAUUCCAUGCUAGGCCAACAAAGAGGUAGGACACGAUCCACUAUUGCAAACUGGGAAAAGAGAGAUAAAGUUCCUGGUUAUGAGGGUCUUGCUCCCUGCACUGUUGGGGCGGUACCUGCUCCGGAUGUGGUUCCCACCAAUGUGAAUUUAACUCAUCGUAAUUCAAAAAUCGUACAUGAAAAGAGAGAAGACCUUUUAUCAGCUGUAAGUGAGGCGGUUUCUCCUGACGAUGAGGAUAUCAUUGCUGACUUGAUGGAACAGCACAAAGAAUUUGUUGGCUCGAUGCAAUCUCGUUUGGCUAAAUUACAGGUUGUCUACCAGUACUGGAAAAGACAUGAUAUUAAAGGGGCAGUAAGUGUAAUGGAGAAGAUGGCAGAUCAUGCUGUACUUUCUGAGUUAGUGAGUUUCUUGGCCGAGAAAAAUGACAUUAUCACAUUAGAAAUUUGCACAUGCCUUUUACCACUUCUCACGGGGCUGCUUGAGAGCAAGUUGGAUAGACAUCAAGAUAUUUCAUUGAGUAUGCUGCUCAAGCUUGUUAAAGUAUUUGGUUCACUGAUUUAUACUUCGUUGUCUACUCCAACAUCAGUUGGUGUUGAUAUUGAGGCAGAGAAAAGGAUGGAGCGCUACAAUCUCUGCUUUAUUGAGCUUGAAAAAGUCAAGAGUUGUCUGCCUGCUCUUUCGAGAAGAGGAGGAUCAAUUGCCAAAACUGCUCAGGAGCUGAAUCUAGCACUACACGAAGUUUCAUGAGUUUAGUAUUAUUGCAUGGAAUAUCGAAAGUAACGAUGGUGUUGCUGAACUUGAGUGACUUUUGUAGAUGCCUGCACUGCAGGCUUUUGUACCUUGCAGAGCUAGUAUCCUCUAUGCAGAUGCAACACUGACUACUAAUUUCUUCACAUUUACACUUAUCAUCAUCGAUAGUUAUGGACAAACAUGGUCACUGAUGAUUCAUAUAGUCGAUCCCAACUUGUUUGGGACUAAGCUGUGUUGUUGUAUUGAAAGUUAAGGACAACAUGCUUUAAAGAUGCUGCUAAUGAACCUGCUUGUUGGAGAAGGAUCCAUCAUACUAAUUCUCACCUAACCCCAAUACAUAUUAAUUAUUCUUUGUAAUUGUAGUUUUUGUUGUGUGAAUUCAUGUAUCAAUUGUGGUAAUCAACAUACUAUGCAAGGGUAUUUAAAACUAUAGCUGACUCAAUUAGUUUGAGAUUGAGACAGUGUUGAGUGAUAUAUUUUAUUUUGUG